UUUGUAGAGUUAGCGAUGGCCCUUGGCACUUACUGCUUAUUGAUCGGAAAGCCAAGCCAAUAGCCAUUAUUCGCAUCCGACUCGUUUCAGGAGACCACUGUAUACUGUAUAGGUCCCUCGCUUAUUCUGCGCUGUACAAGUAACAACACUCCUAGAAAAAAAGACCCAACAGUUCAAACCACUGGACGGACGUACCGUUUGCAGUUAAUUGGGUAGUUAUUAUAAAAAAGAUUGUCAAAUACGUAAAGUAAUAUGGGUCAGUACUGGAGCAAAUAUGGACCAAGGUCUAAAAAUGAAUUAAACAAUCCAUUGAAUAAUGAAUUGAACAAUGAAUUAAUCUCUGAAUUCGACAACUUUCACAAUGUGUAUAAUAAAGUUGUACAUUCUCCAUAUGUCGAAAUGGUCUUCAGGUGUGUUGAUAGAAGAUUUUAUUUCAACAAACACCAUCAUGCCAACGGUUAUCUUAAUUUCAAUUACCACAUUGAAAGAUACCAAUCAAGAUCGAUGAAUGCAGAAGCCAUCGAAUGUCUGGAGUUAAAACCCGGUGAUAAAUUUUUGGCCAUAGGUUCUGGAGUUGGUUAUUUCAAUACUAUAGCCGGCUUGUUGUUAGGUACAAACGGUGUCAACCAUGGUAUCGAAAUUCAUCCGUUUCUUAUACACAGUGCUAAUCAGAAGCUAAAAGAAUUUAAAGAAUACUCAGCCGCAAUUGAUUACUAUCAUUUUUGUGAGCCUACUUUUAUACUAGGUGAUCCCGCCGAAUUGUUGCCGUCUAAUUACUACGAUAAAGUGUAUUGUCCCACUCCAGUUUUUCCAGACAAAUAUAUAUUCUUUAAGUCACUUAUUAGGAUUGGUGGAAUUUUAGUCAUGGUUUGCAAUGGAUAUCUAGUAAAAAUUACAAGAGUAGAAAAAAAUCAUUGGGAAUACAUUCAGUUGAUACCGAUUGUAAAUCUAAGAGUAAAACAAGUUAUUGAAUAUGAUAAGUGCUACGAAUAUCCAAUAGCUGAGUUUCCUACGGUCGCACCAAUAAGUUUGCAAGAGUUAUGCAGAUCCAAUAUCCGUUCAAUGUUAAGAGAAAAACUAUUAGUCGAACAUCCACAAUUAAAAAUGAAGUACUGGGAUGAUGACCCAAUCAAAGGUACAUUGUGUUGUAGAUCAAUUCAUUCAAUUCAACGCAACACUCAAAUAACCCCCAAAAUAAGCAUCACAGUUGCAAAUUCGUCCGACGAGGAAGACAACUCGGAUAAAGAAGAAGAAAAAUUAGAUUUAAAUAAAAUAUUGGAGACCGAUUAUAGGUUAUUUUCUAUUCCACGUUUAUCCGAGUAUGACCAUCGUGCAAGGAAAUUAUCCAAGACCAAAAAUACCACUGAAAUGUGCGUUAUGUGUGAUUUUAAUCAUGAUCAUACAAUCAAUAAUUUGAGUAUUCUAAUGAAAAAUGAAAUAAUCGAUUUGCCAAUUCCUGAAAGGCUCAAAUUAUUCCUCAACUACAACAGACUCCUCGAUUAUUAAUGGUAUACAUUAUUUAAUAUUGUAUUAUUAUUCAUAUUUAUUGUGUAUCUGUUAAAUCGAUUUGAAACAUUUAUGCUGUUUGUACUCAAUACAAUUUAAUUUAUGAAUCAAAGUCAUAAAAACUCUGUUUACUAGCAUAGUAUUAUAUAAUUAAUAUUGUAGAAGUUAGUUAUACUUGUUAUACCCAAUAAUGGUAAGUGGUUUACGGGCUACGACUUGCAUUGAACACCAUCUAAAUAGUUUCUUGGUGUAGAAUAGCUGUGUCCUGUGUCCAUUUUAAAUGAAUCUGUUUUAUUGUCAUAUAUUGUUGAGUGAAUAAAUUUAAUAUUUUGC